CAGACGUCUUUCAUGUGAAAUACUUUGGAAGCGCUUUCGGAAGCUUCCAAUGACCGAUUGUUCUGCAUGCUAAAUUCUUAACCUGCGCUCGACCAGCUUGAGUCUUUGUCCAUGCCAUCUCACUAUACUCGCAUCGUCCUCAAUGAGCGGCCUCCGGGUGACAUAGACUCAAAGACAUUUCGCUCUGAGAAGGCUUCGUACUCUGAACUCAAAGUCGGAGAUGAUCAAGUGCUCGUACAAGUCACUUGGCUUUCCCUAGAUCCUGCUAUGCGCGGAUGGCUGAGGGACGAACGAAGUUAUCUACCCCCGGUGCAAAUUGGCGAGACCAUGCGCGCGGCUGGACUCGGUGUGGUUGUUAACAAGGGUCGAGAUGUUAAGCUCAAGAUUGGGCAGCUCGUUAGCGGCACUUUCGGAUGGACAGAGUACUCUGUUGUACGCGAAAAGGAUGCCGAAGUUAUCAAUGUUUCCGAAGGCAUCCUCGAUAUUGACUAUCUGAAUAACCUUGGAAUGGCCGGUUUGACUGCCUACUUUGGCCUUAAAGACAUUGGGCAAGUCAAAGCUGGCGAAACUCUUGUCGUGUCUGGUGCCGCCGGUGCUGUUGGAUCCAUGGUCUGUCAGCUAGGUUUGCGCGCUGGUGCCAAAGUUUACGGCAUCGCUGGCUCACAAGACAAAUGCGAGUGGCUCGAAAAAGAGAUAGGUGUCACGAAAGCGAUCAACUACAAGAGUCCGUCGUUCCGAAAAGAUUUCAAAAAUAUAGGUUAUCUGGAUGUGUAUUUUGAUAAUGUUGGAGGUGAUAUUUUGGAUAUGUGUUUAAGCAGAUUAAAUCGCAACGCUAGGAUUGUUCUUUGCGGCGCUAUAUCUGCUUACAAUUCUGUCGGGAAACCGAAAGGACUUCAAAAUUAUCUGACCCUUAUUUCUCAACGAGCUAAAAUUGAAGGCUUCAUUGUAUUUGACUACGCGAAACGUUAUCCCGAAGCAAUAGCCGAGAUGUCCCAAGGCUUGCGCGACGGCACAAUCAAGCGCAAGUUUCAUAUCGUAGAGGGCCUAGAGAAUGCGCCUUCAGCAUUACCGUUGCUAUUCACUGGCGGAAACACAGGAAAACUAGUUGUGAAAGUGGAUGAAUCGUUCAAGACAAAGCUAUGAGUUUGUAUACAUAGGCCUUUGUUCCUGGGAGUGAAUUCACGCCUCUCGAACUCAAAGGUAUAUUAGAUACAUACUGCAUUGCAAUUAUUAUUCCUCCAUUUUCAAUACAGACCAGACUUUUUGUCAAGCUCCG